CAUCAGAAUGAAAAUAUUACACUUUUGAUAAUGCAAAUUAUUAUGCAUGUCAUUACAGUUAGACUAUUUCAUCUUUUUUUCAAUUUUAACCCAUAUCCAUUGAGAAUCAGUCUUGAAUUUACUUUAAGAGUCUCUCGGUUAAAACCCACUGACACUCAUGUCAACAUCAAUUAUACUGUGCCUGAUUUGAGACCACUGCAUGUUUUGGGGCACAGUAAACAAAAUGCAAAGAGUUAUUUCCAAACAAAGAAAUGCUUCUCUCCCCAAGGAAGCACUUCGCCCACUCCAUGUUUUUUUUAUAACAGUAUAUAAUUGAAAAGUGUAAUAGUUUUCUGACUUCUACAUGUAUUUUGUGUUUAGCAUUAUAUAUGUGCAAUCAUUUUACUAGUAGCUUAUUUAUUCUGUGCAUUACAUAGUGCUGUUUCUAGUAUUCUUGUUCAGAAAUUUCUUGCAUGUUAUUGUUAAUGUAAUCCUUAGUUUGCAUAAACCGGAUGUGUCAACUUUGGUUCACUAAACUUUUGUUCACUAAUUCCAUUUUAAUAUUCUCACUUACAUGUGUAUUUUGAGGAGUUUUAUGCAUGAGUCAUUUGUGCAUUUUGUAUUAUUUUUAUGAUUAUGUAUGCAUGUCAUAUCUUUAUUAUAGCAUUGGUCAUUUAUUCAAUGGGUUUGGAUGGUUCUCAUACAUUUUAAUUUUUUUUAAUCACCAAAACUCAUGAAUUCUUGAAAUUUGUGAGACUAACCAUUUUGUUGCAUUGUUUCUUGCACUUUUCCUAACUCUAUACUAACCCCUUGUUAUUUCAUUUUAUACCUAACCAGGUUUAGGUGCUAAAGCUCAAUUCUACAUGGCCAUCAAGCCGCUCCCUGUGGUGAAAGCAAAUCAAGCCAUCCGUCUGUUCGCCCUAGUUGAUCACACCAGCCCUGAAGGGGUGAAGAGAUACGCUGGUGAUGAAUGGCAGUAUCACGGACCACUCACAUACAAACCCACCGCUGAGGCAAAAAUUGUUAAGUUUGUUGAUGCUGUCGUUCUAACCAGUGGGGAAGCCUUACAUCUCACAGCAAAGAGAGAGCUAAUUGACAGUAAAGGAGUAAAACGGGAAGUACAGGAGGAAUGGUUGGUCAGAGAAGAAGGAGCAUAUCUCCCAGGGAUUUAUGAAGAGGUAAUCAAGGUGGUCCAGCCAUUCAGGUUGACCCCUACCACUGGUCUUCACCUGAAGACCAUUCACAGCUGCAAGGAUGCCCUGGGUAGGGAGCGGUCAGCAGGAGAAGAGUGGUUAGUCACCGACAAGGACACGGACUCGUAUGUACCUGAGAUAGGCGAGGAAGUAAUUUGUAUGGUGUCUAAGACUGUCUUACAAAAGGGGCAAUACUGUGUGGUCAAGAACCCUGUUGAUACGACAGGCAAACCUCAGUAUGGCAAGUUGAAACUUUUCAAGGGAAUCGCAAGCUUCUUCCUCCAUCCAGGUGAAAUUAUUGAAGAAGGCAUCAAAUCCCAAUAUGUACUAGGUGAAGAUGAAGCCUUGGUGUUGGAGUGUGUAGAGAACUUCACCGAUGACGCAGUUCCAGGAGGGAAAGUUCGCAAACCUGGAGAUCGAUGGAUGAUCAGAGGGCCUAAGAGUUACAUUCCUCCCACACAAGUCAAAGAAUUAGAUCAAGGAAACUCUCAAGUCAUCAGGAAAGCUAUUCCUCUGGGUGAAAAUGAAGGAAUUUACAUCAGAAAUCUACAAAGUGGAGAGGUGAAAGUCAUCAUGGGUCCAAAGUCAUAUCUCCUCAACGAACAUGAGAAGCUAUGGGAGAAGGAGUUAGACCCUCUGGUAGUGUCCAUCCUCAAGAAAGGAGGAGGAUUUGGUGAAGGAGACAUCAGGAAGUUGGCUUAUUUUGAACAAUCCAUUGACUCUGAGUAUACUGGAAAUAAGCCUAGAGAUAAGACCAGAGCAGUGAGGUACAGAUGCCCUCAUAAUACAGCAGUACAGGUAUAUGAGUACCAGAAGAAGACGGCACGUGUUGUGUUUGGACCAGACAUGGCUAUUCUAGGACCUCAUGAAGACUUCAAUGUUCUUAGUCUCAGUGCUGGUAAGCCAAAAGUGGAGAAUGCUCUCAAAACUAUAUGCCUCAUGCUGGGACCAGAUUACAUCACAGAUAUUUUAGAGGUGGAGACGGCUGACCAUGCAAGGCUAAAGAUCAAGAUCGCUUUCAACAACCAUUUUGAGUUUGAGCGAGGAAACUUGAAGGAAGAGAGUUCCAUCUUCUCGGUGCCAGACUUCAUUGGAUUUGCCUGUAGAGAAGUUGGAAGUCGCAUCCGUGGUGCCGUGUCAAGGGUCAAAUUUGACGAGUUUCACCGUCACUCUAUGGAGCUGUUGAAGACUGGCGUGUUCGGUUUGAAUCCCGAUAAGACUCCCAAAGAUAGACUAGUCUUUAAAGCCAACAAACUGGUGAUUACCAAUGUUGACAUCCAAGCCAUAGAACCGGUGGAUUCUACGAUGAGAAACAGUCUUCUGAAAUCAGUUCAGAUGGCCAUUGAAAUCGCAACUCAAUCUAUUCAGAGAACUGCCGGUCAAGAUGCGGCCUGCAAAGAGCAGGAGGCUCAGGGACAGCUGGAGAGACAGAAGCUUACUAAUGAACAGGAGAAUGAAAAGGCUCGUACCUUGCUGCAUGAGUUGAGAGCUAGCGCCAGCGCCGUGGAGUCGUGUGGACAGGCCAAAGCUGAGGCACAGGCUCAAGCUGAGAGACUUCUGAUUGAGGGUCACAGUGCCAUCGAGUCAGCCAGACUCAAGGCAGAGGCCGAGGACAUCUUAUGCAACUCCGAGCUGGACAACACCCAGAUGGCUCGCCUGUCGGAACUGAACUUUCUAAAGGAGCAGAAUGAACUGGAGAUAGGCAAAACAAAGCAAUUGGCAGAUAUUGAGGUCGGAAAGUUUGCUGAAAUGGUGAAAGCCCUUGGAGCAGAAACCAUCAUGGAGAUGGCCAAUGCUGGACCCAAAUUUCAGGUUGAACUGCUGAGCAGCCUUGGGCUUGAGAUGACGGUGUUCACCGAUGGAAAUAGCCCCAUCAAUCUCUUCAACGUUGCACAGGGUCUCAUAGCUCAGCCCACACAAAGCGAAAGUGCUUAGUAAGUCACCGUGGAUUAUGCUUGAGAGCAGCUACACCAUGUGUUGGGGGUAAUACAAUGUAGAAAUAUCAUGCAAACGAUGUUCCGGAAAUGUUAUUCGAGUGCAUCACCAAAGUUUUCUUUGAUCAGUUUACUUACCUGUAACAAGCUUGUGCAAAUUUUCUCUAAGAUUUACAUUACAUGUCUAGUGUCUUGAGUGAAACAAUGAAUCGAGAAACAUCCUUGAAAUGUGAGAAUUACUUCCUUUGGCAGUAUUCUGAAAAUUAUUUAUCUUUCAUUGUAUCUUCAUCGUCAGGAUUGCCAUAACUACUUUUGAAGUUGUAACUUUGAUUUGUUGAGGUGUGCAACUUUGCACCCUAGGACCAGAAAGUGUGUGGUUUUGAACCAAAGACAUGCCUAAUUUCAGGAGAGCAUUUCAGAUUUGUCCAUGAUUUUUUACCGACAAUUGAUAUAAGCUACUGAAAAUCAUUAAACCGGAUUGGAUUGGCGAGGAGAUAAUUGGUGAGUUGAAAUCACUGAUAAAACUUAGAUGACAAAGAAAAGGUAAACAUGAUUUUAGAAUUUUCUUCCCUCUGCCUCAUAGUGUUAAGGUCACAAUCAAUUGUAAUUAUCAAACAUAUUAUAUCUUUGUUUUACCCCUUGAAUUACAAAUUGUGUUGACCAUUACUUUCACUUGUACAUACAUCUAUAUGCAAAUGUGACUAUUGUGUACUUAAUUCAACCCAUUCCUUUUCAAUUGAACUCUAAAUGAAUGCACAAAAAGAGAUACUUUGAGUACAAUACUUAGCUUAGUUCUGCUUUAAACAUAUACCAAGUAAAUUUUUUUUUCAUGAUAGUGAGUUUGUAUACAUUAUCUUUAUUAUCCAUGUAGAAAUUUGUUUAAUAUUUGGCUAAUAAUGAUAGUUUAUCUGUCAUAUUGAAUGACACUAAAGCUUUUUGUACAUUAAGGAAUAUGCAAUAUUAAAAGAUAUAUAUUAACAUGUAAAUUAUCUAUGGUAAUGUAAAAAAAGAUAUUAUAGUAGUGACAAAGCAUCACAUUUCCAACAUCAGCACCUAAAGUUGUUGACUAUUUUCCAAGAAUGAUGAAGUAUUUCACUCCUUACAUUGUAUUUUUUAUGCAUUAAUAUAAGAGUAGAGAGGCCACUUUAACAUGUCUUUCAUGCCUUCUAUUGCUUAAUAUAUAUAUGAUACUGUAAAAUUAAUGCCAUGAAGGCAAUAUACAAUGUUAGCUUUUAUGUGUUGAGUCAAGUAUUGCAGGUAAUGUAUUACUUUAUAAUGUUAUAUCGAGGGAUGGUUAAGGGUACCCUUAUGUAUAUUUUUUAUGA